AUGAAAGGUUUAAUUAAGAGUGUGAUGAUGGUCAAAUUAAUAAAAAGUGAAACCGACGAACAUGGCCUACCCACGGAAAAGGACAAGGGAUGCGACACCAACCUUUACCUGUACCAUGACGAGUUGGAAGAUCGGCCCAGGGCGGCUACUUUUCUUACGUCGCUGGCCAACUACUCAAACACAAUCCCAACAGCUGACGACCCGGAUGUUAAACCAGUACCGCCUGCACGUAUGGGCACGCUCAUUGGUGUCUACCUGCCCUGCAUCCAGAACAUCUUCGGCGUCAUCCUCUUCAUCCGUCUGACAUGGGUGGUCGGUACCGCCGGGGCUAUACAAGGAUUUUUAAUCGUGCUUACUUGCUGUUGUACGACUAUGCUUACGGCGAUAUCGAUGUCUGCGAUCGCGACAAACGGCGUGGUGCCGGCGGGCGGCUCGUACUUCAUGAUCGGGCGCGCGCUUGGCCCCGAGUGCGGCGGUGCGGUCGGGAUGCUAUUCUAUACAGGCACCACGCUAGCUGCUGCAAUGUACAUCGUCGGAGCUGUCGAAAUUGUUUUGACCUAUAUGGCACCUUGGAUGUCAAUCUUCGGCGAUUUUUCGAAGAACCCUGAAGCGAUGUACAACAAUUUCCGCGUGUAUGGUACGGUGCUGCUCCUCAUCAUGAGCACGGUGGUGUUCGUGGGCGUGAAGUUCGUGAACAAGUUUGCCACUGUUGCACUCGCCUGUGUCUUACUCUCCAUUACCGCUGUCUACGUUGGCAUUUUCGUGAACUUCAACGGCAAUGACAAGUUACAGAUGUGCGUGUUAGGCAAGCGGCUUCUGAAAGAUGUCAAUAUCCUCAACUGCACGAAGGAUGUAGGCGGCGAGCUAUACCAACUGUUCUGUCCAAACAGCACAUGCGAUCCUUACUUCAGUAUGCAAAAUCUAUCCAUUGUGUCAGGCAUUAAGGGCUUGAAAAGCGGUGUCUUCUUUGACAAUGUACAAGAUUCAUUCUUGGAAUUUGGCCAGUAUAUUGCAUACGGUAAAGACCCUGAUGACAUCGAACAGAUGGACAGGCCGACCUUCAACCAAAUCUACGCUGACAGUACUACAACCUUCACGAUUCUCAUCGGCAUAUUCUUCCCCUCCGUAACAGGUAUUAUGGCCGGCUCCAACCGAUCAGGAGACUUAGCUGAUGCUCAAAAGAGCAUCCCUAUUGGCACGAUUUGUGCUAUCCUGACCACCUCCUUUGUGUACUUAUCCAGUGUGCUACUUUUCGCCGGGACCGUUGAUAACUUGUUACUACGAGACAAAUUUGGCCAAUCUAUCGGUGGCAAGUUGGUAGUCGCAAACAUGGCUUGGCCUAACGAAUGGGUAAUAUUGAUUGGCUCAUUUCUAUCCACCCUGGGUGCUGGUCUACAGUCUCUGACUGGAGCCCCAAGAUUGCUUCAAGCCAUAGCCAGAGAUGAGAUAAUUCCGUUCUUGGCACCGUUUGCUGUCUCCUCCAGCCGGGGUGAACCAACUAGGGCCCUGCUCCUUACGAUGGUGAUCUGCCAGUGCGGUAUCCUACUGGGUAAUGUGGAUAUCCUGGCGCCGCUACUAUCGAUGUUCUUCCUUAUGUGUUACGGUUUCGUCAACCUAGCUUGUGCGCUUCAAACACUGCUAAAGACUCCCAACUGGCGUCCGCGAUUUAAAUACUAUCACUGGUCUUUGUCAUUGGCUGGUCUAACGCUGUGCAUUUCCAUUAUGUUUAUGACGUCAUGGUUCUACGCUCUCAUCGCGAUGGGAAUAGCUGGAGUCGUGUAUAAAUACAUUGAAUACCGCGGGGCUGAAAAAGAAUGGGGAGAUGGCCUCCGUGGUCUUGCCUUAUCAGCGGCCCGAUACUCACUACUUCGACUUGAAGAAGGACCUCCUCAUACUAAGAACUGGAGACCUCAAGUAUUGGUGCUUGCUAAACUGAAUGUUGAACUGAUGCCGACGUAUCGCAAGAUGCUUGCUUUUGCCAGUCAACUUAAAGCUGGCAAAGGUCUGACAGUGUGUGUAUCUGUGCUGGGCGGUGACUUCCCACGGCGAUCUGGCGAUGCAUCUAUGGCUAAACAAAAUUUGCGAAGGUGUAUGGAGGAAGAGAAAGUCAAGGGUUUCGUAGACGUGCUAGUGACACCUGACAUAGCUGAGGGAUUGAGCAACUUGGUGCAGACGGCGGGUCUAGGCGGGCUGAAGCCCAACACAGUGAUCGUGGGGUGGCCUUACGGCUGGCGCGCAGCGGAGGCGGCGGACACGCGCUGGCGCCACUUCCUAAGCACCGUGCGCGCCGUGGCUGCCGCGCGCAUGGCCAUGCUCGUCCCCAAGGGCAUCAACUUCUUCCCUGACUCCACCGAGAAGGUAUCUGGCAACAUUGAUAUCUGGUGGAUCGUACACGACGGUGGCAUGCUGAUGUUGCUCCCAUUCCUGCUGAAGCAACACCGCACGUGGAAAAACUGCAAGAUGCGCAUCUUUACUGUAGCCCAGAUGGAAGACAACUCUAUUCAAAUGAAGAAGGAUCUUAAAAUGUUCCUAUACCAGCUCCGACUUGAGGCUGAGGUUGAAGUUGUGGAAAUGACGGACAGUGACAUAUCUGCUUACACCUACGAGCGUACGUUAAUGAUGGAACAACGCAACCAAAUGCUUCGUGAACUCAGGCUCAAUAAAAGGGAAACGAUGGGAAUGGUACAGGCAAUAGUGGACCACCAUCACGCAGACGUAAAAACAGCCAGUAAGGUCCGUUUUGCGGAGCCUGGUGCUACAGAACCAGAAGGGCCAACAGCAAAUGAUGCUCCCUCGCCACCACUUGCCGACUCCGAUGAAAAGGACAACCAGGACAAGAGCUCGGAGCGCGGCGCAAGUUCUCCGCCGGCCGACAACAAGCACGACGGUGCUGCCAAUGGAAUCAAGCCUAAACCGAACUUGGCUGAUAUCACGCCUGACGAGGGCACAGUGCGGCGUAUGCACACAGCCGUGAAGCUCAAUGAGGUGAUCGUGUCGCGAUCACAUGACUCGCAGCUCGUGAUACUGAACCUGCCUGGUCCGCCCCGGGACACUAGCUACGAUAGGGAAUCCAACUACAUGGAAUUCCUGGAGGUGCUGACAGAGGGUCUGGAGAAGGUACUGAUGGUGCGGGGUGGUGGUCGCGAGGUGAUCACCAUCUACUCGUGA